CUGUCUUUCAGGUUCCCUAUAUUUACCAGCAUCUCCCAGUAAGACAUUGCGAUGAGAAUGUCCGAUAUCGUGGACACUGAAACGAUGAAGGUUUCCGAGACCGCCGACUCAGUGUCACCCGCAAAAGACAACGCCACCAAGUCUGAGGUCUGCGACCGGAGCCAGAGCAGCAAGGAGGAACAAGGCAGCAACAACAAGAAGGAUAUUCAGCCUGUGAAGCACUCCAAGUCCAGUACCAGGCAAAAGCUGGUGCGAAGCCUGGCAGUGUGCGAAGAAUCCUUUCCUCUCCCUUUUCCUGAGCCUUCAGCUGCACGUCAGGAUGGACUCCCGCCCUGUGAGAACGAAGAGCGAGGCGCGAAGGACCAAGCUGAGAAAGAAGGCGGCUGCGACAAGGUGGACAAACCAGAGAAGGUGCCAAGGAAAAUGCUCUCUAGAGAUUCAAGUCAAGACUACACUGAUUCCACUGGCAUAGACCUCCAUGAGUUCCUCGUCAACACGCUGAAGAGCAACCCCAGGGAUCGAAUCAUGCUGCUAAAGUUGGAACAGGACAUCUUGGAUUUCAUCAGCAAUAAUGAAAGCCAAAAGAGAAAGUUCCCUCCAAUGACGUCCUACCACAGGAUGCUGUUGCAUCGCGUAGCAGCCUACUUUGGCAUGGACCACAAUGUGGACCCCAGCGGAAAAUCAGUGGUGAUCAACAAAACCAUCAACACUAGAAUACCCGAUCAGAAAUUCUCGGAGCACAUCAAGGAUGACAGGACGGACGAUUUUCAGAAACGCUACAUUCUCAAACGAGACAAUGCCAGCUUUGAUCGUGAAGACGGCUCGAUCCGAAUGCGUUUGAAAGCUGACAAGAGGAGCAAAUCGAUGGAGGAGAGGGAGGAGGAGUACCAGCGAGCCAGAGAAAGGAUUUUUGCACAUGAUGGAGAACACUUCUUAUUAGAUCGAGGUGCACAGGAGGAACACGCAUGCAUGAGCAGUCAACAGAGGCGGCAAAUGUUCAGGUUAAGAGCCGGCCAUUCCGGCGCCAGCCGCCAGAGCAGCUCUGAGACGGACACGCUGCCCCGGCACGGCGAGCCCCGGCCGUGGAGCAGCACCGACAGCUCUGACAGCUCCAACCGGCUCGCCCCGCGGCCCGCCAUCACCAAGGCCAGCAGCUUCAGCGGCAUCUCGCCCGGGCUCGUCCGGGGAGACAGCACGGCCAGCAGCAGGAGCACCGGGAAGCUUUCUAAAACAGGUUCUGAAUCUUGCAGCAGCGUCGGCUCCUCCUCCAGCUCUCUGUCUCGCCCCCAUCUGCCUCUCCCAAUGUCGGCCUCCUCUCGCUCCAUCGUCCCCGGCGCCCUCCUGUCCCACCGUGCCGUAAACAGCAGAGGCCCCGGACACCCAGAAGCUGCAAAGAGCGCCCCCUCCCAGCUGCUGCCGUCGCCCGGCGAUGCGCCGAACUACUACAUGCUGCCGCUAGACGCCUCAGGGAUUCCACCCGGGAGCGUUCUGAUCAACCCGCAUACAGGAAAGCCUUUCAUGCACCCUGAUGGCAGCGCAGUGAUUUAUAACCCGGCUGCUGGCAGGAUCCCACAGCAGGGGAAAACCAUGCCGCAGCCAAUCAUUGCAGCCUCCCAGCAGCAGCCGGCCAAUCACAUCCACUCACAGCCAAUCUGUCCUCCUCUUCAGCCGUCCUCUGAGCCUGUCCACAGCCCAACGGUCUCUUAUCCUCCUUUUCCUUCUUCUCAGUUCCUGCCCGUCUAUCCUAACCAACAAUACACUGUGCCUGACGUCCUCGGUGCCCAGUUUAGUCACCUGACCCUGUCGCAGCAGCCGUCCGGUGACGGCAGAGCGUCCGCUCCGGACGGCCAUCACUACCCCUCCGCGUACAACCACCCAUCCCCUGUGGUGCUGCAGGGAGCUCCACCGCAGCAGCUCGGCGGCUACAUGGUGGCAGGGCCAUCAGGGGGUCACCCAGGAGUGCUGCAGGGUCAGCACGUCCCGCUCCCGCCGCCGGGCUCCAACUACACGUAUCCCGGCUCAAGCGCCGGCUCUGCAGCUUAUCCUGCACUAAAUCAGCCCCUGCUGCAGCAACACGCUUACAUCCAACAGCCCGUGCAACAGCAGAUGCCUACAUGUUACUGCUCCUCAGCCCACCACUCCCAGUGCUCCAACCAUCAGCAGCAGCAGCAGUACCGGCCUCCUCUCAACCAACUGGCCUAUAACUGCCCUCAGAGCCAGAACCCGCCACAGCAGCAAGUGCACCAAGCCAUGAUGCCAAACCCAGCGUCCAGCUACCAGACCGUAGUGGGCGUGCAGCCAACCGCCAGCCUUGCUCUCACUGGCAACCAGCAAAGCAAUAUGGCCAACCAGAUGCAAGGCAUGAUGGUCCAGUACCCUCCAAUGCAGUCUUAUCAGCAGGUUUCUGUUCCGCAGCAGACAGAAGUGUUUGUGUCCUGCCAGCCAGGGCAGGGGGCAGUGGCUGUUUCUGGCAUGCAGCCCUGCUACAGCCUGCUCCCCAGAAACCAGCACACCACCAUGAGUUCAACAGUGAGUUUCCUGCCCGCCCCCAUGAUCGAGCCGCUCCAGUUUCCUCAGAGCUCGUCUCCCUGCGUCUCCCAGCAACACCCAGGCCAACAGUACGCAGGUUUGUUACCAUCGGCGCACGGCGGAGGUAUGGUGAUGCUUCAGAUGAUGGGGCCGCUGUGCCCGCAGCCCCGGGCCCCCUCCCCCUGCCAGAGGAAGCAGUCCGGCCAUAAACACUCAGGCGCCGAGCAGCAGCACGGCCGCAGGCCCCCCGAGCUCCCUCCGACUCCCGAUAACACCCAGAGCAGCCUGCCUUCGUCUCCGGCGCUCACUCCCUCGCCCAGCAUCAAGGGCCUACCAUCAGGCGUCUCCCCCAUCCCCAUGCUGUCCCACCAUCCGCAGCUCCCCACAGCUUUCAUCCACACUGGACAAGGUGAAACGCAGUACUCUCUACUGGGUCAGCCUCUGCAGUACAAGCCCUCCAUCAGACCUCCGCUGCUGCACACUGCACACAUGGUAACCAAACACCAGGGUCCUCUGGGAGUUUGGCGUAGCGGUCAUGGGAGGAAGUCCAGCAGAAAACCUCUCUCUUCUGACCUCAGUUGAGAAGUCAGCCCCUGGAAAUGACACGUCCUCCGGCGGGGAUAUGCUGCACAGACUCCCACCGGAUCCCGGCGGAAGCUCUGUGAAGCAAAUGAAUCCAGCAUUCGUCUGACAUCUCAACCCGAGCAGAGGCGUUCCUGGAGGACAUCUGGCCGUGAUACCUUUGCCAAGCACGCCACUUUAAAAACUCAGAACUAGCUCUGUAUUCAAAGGGUGGGAGCGGCGUGACUCGGACAAGGCCAGCUCAUAGCUGCUAGGAUCUCUGAGCGCCUUGAAGGCGACAUGAACCUCUGUUGCCUCAGUCUGGACCGUCUCCCAAAUACUGUCCAAAUCAAAGUAUCCGAUAUUUGAGUUGUGAAUGUUGACUUUUAUUUUAUUUUUUAGCUUUUUUUUUUCUGUUUCUCCCUGGUUGACAGGUUUGUGCAAAGAGUUCAACAAAUCUACCUUUCAGUUCUAAGCCUUUCUUUUAGAGUAUUUCUUAGCCAGCUCAUGUCUCUUGUGAUGGCAGGUAUCGGAGUGUGAUGACAUCACAACACAUCUGCUUUGUUUUUCAAUUUGCCCAAUUUCUAAAUAAAACAUUUAAGUUUAUCAAACUAGUUUUUUAAUCUGUUAGAUACACAAGAUCGCUCCCAAGUAGCAGCUGUACAAUGUUUAAACACUGAAUAUAGAGCUACCUGAUUUAUUUAAAGAACCAUCAAACACAGUGAAUGUUGCAUUUGCACUGAAGUAAUCAAAGUGAAAGAUUUCAUUUGUAUCAGACAGCCUGGAUUUCUGUUUUAUUAUUUUUUUUUAUUUUUAUUUUUUUGUUAAUGACCCUUCCUCCUAUACCGGUUUGCACUCGCCAGGCUACUUUGUUUUAUAUGGUUACAUUAAAAUGUUUAUAUGCACAAUUAAAAUGCAAAUCAAGUGUGUCA